UUACUCUUGCAUUUGGCAGUUAAAGAUGAUGUUUCCAUGGAAACAGUUGAUCCUGCUUUCAUUCAUUGGCUGCUUAGGAGGUGAGCUUCUCUUACAAGGCCCUGUGUUUGUCAAAGAACCCAGCAAUAGUAUUUUCCCUGUUGGUUCAGAAGAUGAAAAAAUAACUUUAAAUUGUGAAGCAAGAGGCAGCCCAUCACCUCAUUACAGAUGGCAACUGAAUGGAAGUGAUAUUGAUACGAGUAUGGAACAUCGUUAUAAGUUGAAUGGAGGAAAUCUUGUGGUUAUUAGCCCCAACAGAAAUUGGGAUACAGGAACUUACCAAUGUUUUGCAACAAAUUCACUUGGAACAAUUGUCAGCAGAGAAGCCAAGCUUCAGUUUGCCUAUCUUGAAAAUUUUAAAACCAAAAUGAGGAGUACAGUGUCUGUGCGUGAAGGCCAGGGAGUUGUGCUGCUGUGCGGCCCCCCACCGCACUCUGGAGAACUGUCAUAUGCUUGGAUCUUCAAUGAAUACCCAUCGUUUGUUGAAGAAGAUAGUCGGAGAUUUGUGUCUCAGGAGACAGGACACCUCUACAUAUCUAAGGUGGAGCCGUCGGAUGUGGGAAAUUACACAUGUGUGGUGACAAGUAUGGUGACAAAUGCCCGAGUGCUGGGCUCUCCAACUCCUUUGGUGCUACGUUCUGAUGGUGUGAUGGGUGAAUAUGAACCUAAAAUAGAAGUUCAGUUUCCAGAAACUCUUCCAGCAGCUAAAGGUUCGACUGUGAAAUUGGAAUGUUUUGCCCUUGGAAAUCCCAUACCUCAGAUUAAUUGGAGAAGAAGUGAUGGACUGCCAUUUUCCAGCAAAAUUAAAUUAAGGAAGUUCAAUGGUGUGCUUGAAAUCCCCAACUUCCAACAGGAAGAUGCAGGUUCCUAUGAAUGCAUUGCUGAGAAUUCACGAGGAAAAAAUGUUGCUAGAGGGCGUCUCACUUACUAUGCAAAGCCCCAUUGGGUUCAACUCAUAAAGGAUGUGGAAACAGCCGUGGAGGACAGUCUUUACUGGGAAUGUAGGGCGAGUGGCAAGCCCAAGCCCUCCUACCGAUGGCUGAAAAAUGGAGCAGCCUUAGUGCUAGAGGAGAGAAUACAGAUAGAAAAUGGUGCCCUUACAAUAUCAAACCUAAGUGUGACUGAUUCUGGCAUGUUCCAAUGCAUAGCAGAAAACAAACAUGGCCUUGUCUAUUCCAGUGCUGAGCUCAAAGUUGUUGCUUCUGCUCCGGAUUUUUCAAAGAAUCCAAUGAAGAAGUUGGUUCAGGUGCAGGUGGGCAGCCUGGUCAGCUUGGAUUGUAAACCCAGAGCCUCCCCAAGGGCACGCUCUUCCUGGAAGAAGGGGGACGUGAGCGUGCAGGAGCAUGAAAGAAUUUCUCUAUUAAAAGAUGGAGGACUCAAAAUAGCCAAUGUGACUAAAGCUGAUGCUGGAACUUAUACCUGCAUGGCAGAAAACCAGUUUGGGAAAGCAAAUGGUACAACACAUUUGGUUGUUACAGAACCAACGAGAAUAACUUUGGCACCAUCUAACAUGGAUGUUUCUGUUGGUGAAAGCGUCAUCUUGCCCUGCCAGGUACAACAUGACCCACUGUUAGAUAUCAUCUUUACCUGGUAUUUCAAUGGGGCCCUUGCAGAUUUUAAGAAAGACGGAUCUCACUUUGAGAAAGUUGGUGGGAGUUCAUCUGGUGAUUUAAUGAUCAGAAACAUUCAACUGAAACACAGUGGGAAAUACGUUUGUAUGGUGCAAACGGGGGUGGACAGUGUUUCAUCUGCUGCUGACCUCAUAGUAAGAGGUUCACCUGGACCACCAGAAAAUGUGAAAGUAGAUGAAAUUACAGAUACAACAGCCCAACUCUCUUGGAAAGAAGGUAAAGACAACCAUAGCCCAGUUAUAUCGUAUUCCAUCCAGGCUCGGACACCUUUCUCCGUGGGUUGGCAAACCGUCACAACAGUGCCUGAGGUCAUCGAUGGGAAAACACACUCAGCCACUGUAGUUGAGUUAAACCCAUGGGUGGAAUAUGAAUUUCGGGUUGUAGCCAGUAAUAAAAUUGGAGGUGGAGAACCCAGUUUACCCUCAGAAAAAGUAAGAACUGAAGAGGCAGUUCCAGAAGUGCCUCCUUCUGAAGUCAAUGGAGGAGGCGGAAGCCGGUCUGAACUUGUGAUAACCUGGGAUCCAGUCCCUGAGGAACUACAGAAUGGUGAAGGUUUUGGGUAUGUUGUUGCUUUCCGCCCUCUUGGGGUUACCACCUGGAUCCAGACAGUGGUGACAUCCCCUGACACCCCAAGAUAUGUCUUUAGGAAUGAAAGCAUCGUGCCAUAUUCACCAUAUGAAGUUAAAGUGGGUGUUUAUAAUAACAAAGGUGAAGGACCAUUUAGCCCAGUGACAACAGUGUUCUCUGCAGAAGAAGAGCCUACAGUGGCCCCAUCUCAAGUCUCUGCAAAUAGCCUAUCUUCCUCAGAAAUUGAGGUUUCAUGGAAUACCAUUCCUUGGAAGUUGAGCAAUGGACAUUUACUGGGCUAUGAGGUGCGGUACUGGAAUGGUGGUGGAAAGGAGGAAUCAUCCAGUAAAGUGAAAGUGGCAGGAAAUGAGACAUCAGCCAGACUACGGGGCCUGAAGAGCAACCUGGCCUAUUACACAGCUGUCCGGGCUUACAACAGCGCCGGCGCCGGGCCAUUUAGUGCCACAGUUAAUGCAACCACCAAGAAAACGCCUCCCAGUCAGCCACCAGGAAAUGUUGUUUGGAAUGCCACAGACACUAAAGUGUUACUUAAUUGGGAGCAAGUUAAAGCCAUGGAGAAUGAGUCAGAAGUAACAGGAUAUAAAGUUUUCUAUAGGACUAGCAGUCAAAAUAACGUACAAGUGCUGAACACAAAUAAAACUUCAGCUGAACUUUUACUGCCCAUUAAAGAGGACUACAUUAUUGAAGUCAAGGCCACAACAGAUGGAGGGGAUGGGACCAGUAGUGAACAGAUCAGGAUUCCACGAAUAACCAGUAUGGAUGCAAGAGGAUCCACUUCAGCCAUCUUGAAUGUUCACCCUAUGUCAAGUUACCUGCCUAUAGUACUGUUCUUUAUUGUAUAUGCCCUGUGGUGAUGUUAGCUCCUUUUUAUUAUUUAUUGGAAAGUUAUUUCGUUACCAAAAAUGUGCUUUCAUGAAAUGCAGUGAUUAUGCAUGUUUUUUUCAACUCUUAUUUUUACCUUUCUACUUCAUUAUAGGUAAAUAUGAAUAUAAUUAAAAAAACAGUAAAUCCUUUUAGGGGAAUCUGAAAUGCCUUAAUAUUAACUUGAUAAACCAAAGGAAUUUACACAUUACAUACUUCAGAUUUUUGAUAUAAAUGUUCUUUAGCUAUGAGUUUAAGCACUGCCUGUGGAUAAAGACUCACACACUCUCACAUGUACACACACACGCAUGAGAACUUCUUUUUACAUGGAAAGACUCUUUCAUUUAAUUCAAAUGCUCUUUUCCCAUUAUAAUAGCAUUAUUUGGAAGACUUAACCAGUAUCAAUUUGAAAUGCUGAUUUAAGUCCCCAAGGAUGAAAAAUACAUCUUAAAAAUUAUCUUGUUGGAGAGGAGUGGCAUGUGAUUCAAAAGAGCAUUGUUGGAAAAUGCUACUCUGGGGCCGAGAAGCAUGGUGUUUGGUUUGGUAUACUGCUAAAUGGUUGUAAGACUCUACAAACCACUCUGCUGCCUGUACCUCUCAAUUAUUCCUCUACAAAAUGUAGAGAUAAUAAUACCUAUCUGAUCAGCCUUUGCCCCAUGAAUUAAUUUUUAAAAGAUAAAGAAGGAAAUAUGAAAGUGCUUUGUCACCCCAAAUGCA